CAUUCGGCAUGCAAUGUCUGCUUAUCACGUGUUUUGAACGUUAAAAGAAACAGUAACAAAAAUGGAAAUGAAAAGUAAAGUUUUAUUAAAGCAAGGAGCUGAAGCUAAAGUAUAUAAAUGUACUUUUCUUGGUAAAGAAUCUAUUUUGAAGGAAAGAUUUAAGAAAACUUAUCGUUUCGAGAAAUUAGAUGAGAUGCUGACGAAGGAAAGAAUGAAAGCAGAACUUCGAUCUCUUCUACGAUGUCGACAAGCAGGUAUACAUUGCCCAGCAGUUUAUUUUGUGAAUAUGCCAGAAUCUUAUGUUGUCAUGGAAUUUAUUCCAAAUAUUACUGUAAGACAAUUCAUACAGCAGUGUCAAACUUCUAAUGAUCAAAAUGCUGAGUUAAUGAAUCUUGUUGAAAAAAUUGGUAAAGAUAUUGCAAAAAUGCAUUCAAAUGACCUCAUUCAUGGUGAUUUAACUACAUCUAAUAUGCUGAUAUAUAAUAAUUUACAAUCUGAAGUACAUUUUAAAGAAGAUAGUAAAAUAUAUUUUAUUGAUUUUGGACUUAGUUAUGUUAUGAAAAAUCCAGAAGAUAAAGGUGUUGAUCUCUAUGUAUUGGAACGAGCUUUUUUAAGCACGCAUCCUAAUACAGAAAAUUUAUUUCAACACUUACUUAAGAGUUAUAGAAAUUCAUACAAAAGUGCUGUAGAAGUUUUAAAAAAAUUAGAUGAAAUAAGAUUAAGAGGAAGGAAAAGAACAAUGGUUGGUUAAUAUAACUUUUGUUUCAUUAUGUAAAUAUGACUGGUUUGAAUUAUAUAAAACAUAUUUUUAUUAUGACAAUUGAAAAC